CUCGCACAAUACGAAGCUACGUCUAUAGAAUCUACCCAGUUCUUCGGACAUCUAUCAGCACGCAAGCACGUCAAAAAUAGUCUGAGUAAAGCUGGGCGGUUUAUUCAGUCUCUUACAGGCCAUAUACGAAGACGCGACGCGAUUAUCAGCAGCCGAUUAGAGGCAAUAUCUCUAUACGAAGGAUUCCCUAAGCCCGUCGUCUCCCAACUAGACCGACUCCAAAAGAUAGAAGAGAGUCUCAGCCAGUCAAUUCACAUUAUAUCUCAAGUCAACAAGCUAGCCCAUGAUCGAAACAAUACCUUUGAAGAUCGAACCUUGGUAGACAACAAGUACGCUCUUUCGCUUUCGACAGUGGACGAUCUCGUAGCGGCCCGACGACCCAUCCUCACCGGUUGGUCUCGGCAUUUUGGUGGGCAGGUCACUGACAAAAGUGUGCAAAAGUCU